UCCUGCAAAGUGUGACGCACUAACUCACUUCUCCCGCACACCUCUCCAUCCAACAUCCUCUUUUCUAAUUCUUUUUUUCCUAAUUUUAUUUUUUUGCACGCAUAAUCUGCAGGAACCAUGCUUUGGAAGGCCCGGAACAAGACCGACGGCAUGCAGGGGUGUCACGAGGGGGUCCAGAUGUUAAUACACACAUAUUCGGCAAUGGACCGCGCAGACGGACUUAGCAGCUCCUCGCCCAGCGGGCGUCUCUCCCAACUGUCCUCCCUCAACCAGGCCGCCUACUCCUCGGCGCCCCCGCUGUGCCACACUCCGGCCUCCGACUUCCAGCCUCCGUACUUCCCUCCCCCGUACCCGCAGUCCUCCCUGUCCUACUCCCAGAGUCAGGACUCGGCCUACUCCCACCUGUCGGACCCUUACCCCUCCAUCAACGCCAUCCAUCAGCACCAGCAGGCGGCGUGGCACUCCCAGAGGUCGCGCUCCGAGGAUGGGGGGCUCCUGUCGCAAACGCACCGGGCUCUCGGGCUCGACCCCCGGCGGGAGUACGCGGCGGUCCCCCGCCUGCUGCACGGACUCGGGGACGGGGGUGCCGCUCUCGGGGAUGGUCCUCUGGGGAUGCACCUGGGACAUCACGGCCUGGAUGACCUGCAGGGAAUGGAGGAAGGAUCAGCCUUGGGCAUCCUGGACCACUCUGUCAUUAAAAAAGUUCCUAUCCCAUCCAAGCUGAACGGCUCGGCGCUGUCCGCCUUGUCCCUCUGCAAGGACGGCCUGGGCCUGGGCGCCGUGUCCAACCCGGCCGAGGUCUUCUGUUCGGUGCCGGGCCGCCUCUCGCUGCUCAGCUCCACCUCCAAGUACAAGGUGACGGUCGGCGAGGUGCAGCGGCGGCUCGCACCGCCCGAGUGCCUCAACGCCUCUCUGCUGGGCGGAGUCCUUCGCAGGGCAAAGUCCAAGAAUGGUGGGCGCUGUCUGAGAGAGCGUCUGGAGAAGAUUGGCCUCAACCUGCCCGCCGGGCGACGCAAGGCAGCCAACGUCACUCUGCUAACGUCUCUGGUGGAGGGCGAGGCGGUGCAUCUGGCCAGAGAUUUCGGGUACGUGUGUGAGACAGAGUUCCCGGCCAGAGCCGCCGCCGAGUACCUGUGCAGGCAGAGCGAGCCCGACCAGCUGCCCACACGACGCAGCAUGCUGCUCGCCACCAAGGAGAUCUGCAAGGAGUUUGUGGACCUCAUGUCCCAGGACCGCUCUCCGCUCGGGGGCAGCCGACCCACCCCCUGCCUGGAGCCCAGCCUCCAGGGGAGCCUCACCCACUUCAGCCUGCUCACCCACGGCUUCGGCACCCCGGCCAUCUGCGCCGCGCUCUCCGCCUUCCAGAGCUACCUGAUGGAGGCCAUCAAAAUGCUGGACAAGGGGGACGGGGGCGGGAAGAGCCACCACGACAAGGAGAUGAAGCACCACCGCAAAUAGACGCGGGACAAACUCCUCUGUGGAUACUCUCGCCUGAGGUAGCUGUACUGUCAUGUGUGUCCACAAACACCUCUCUUCAAACGGACCUCUCCUCGCAAGUAGCACCAUCGGGACCGGCAGUAUUUUUAAGCUUCCAAUGGAAAAGGAUCUUGGAACAUUUUGGAGGCGUGCGAAAGCCAUAUCCGAGGCAACUUAGGUCCCGGAGACUUCUACUUGUAGUUCUUGGCAGGGUGCUGGUGAGGAGUGGAGCUGCAUGUGUCCUUCGUGGACGGAGGCGAGUGGGGAAGGAGCGGGUGUUCUGGCGGCACAUGCCCCCCAUUGGAAUGAAUGCGGCCCCUGCAUCCGCGCACGUGUAUGAAUUAGAGGAAGGCCAAACCCAGUGCUGCAAGGCAUCCUGGGAGCGCUUUUUGUUCCCAUAAGCUAAUAAAUCAUACAUUUCAUCCUUUUUAGCGACAAAAUACACAAAUGUCGGAUUAUUUAGUGUAGUCAGGUGAGACUAUUCCUCGGACUCAUACACAUGCACAGAACCAGGGGGUGCAUGGACGCCAAUGGUGAAGUUAAGAAUACGAGCAAAUCAUUUUGUACUUUCUGUGUAUGUUUAUUAUUAUUAUUAUUCAUGUUAUUACUGUUGUUAUUAUUGUAUUACAGCAUAAA